CGACAAGCGUUUUACGCAUGUGCAAAUCUUUCUGCCCUUGGCUUCAGAGAAGAGAUUUGUAAGGUCGUUUACAGCAAAAGCAUAGACCGAGGUUGUACUGCUUCUAUUUGUAGAUUGAAAACUAAUUUGAAAUACCUUCGUCCAGUAUCAUGUAUGCCUGUGCAAGAUACACCUGCCCAGUUAUCAGAUCUAUGAUCUUGAGUGGUUCGUCCUCACUGGCCAGACCUUUAGCCUGCAUGGUAACUAACGGGUCUGUUGGUGUUGAAACCCCAAACAGACAUUUUACCAACCAGAAAGAGACUGGGCCUAUGUUAGUUUCAUCAUCUCCUGUUGUGAAUCAGAUAUCCAGAUUACUCCAUAGUAGUGCCAUACAGAGAGAUAUUGAUUCAGCAGCUAAGUUUAUAGGAGCUGGAGCUGCCACUGUUGGUGUAGCUGGCUCAGGAGCUGGUAUUGGUAGUGUGUUUGGCAGUUUAAUCAUUGGCUAUGCCCGUAACCCAUCUUUGAAACAGCAGUUGUUCUCGUACGCCAUUCUCGGGUUUGCCCUCUCCGAAGCUAUGGGACUAUUCUGUCUUAUGAUGGCUUUCUUGUUACUUUUUGCUUUUUGAUCAUUGCUACAAUUUAUAAUUGUUUCUUUGAUCAUGGCAAUUAAAAAAAAAAGUUUCAAAGGAUCAGGUAAAAUAUAAAAUUCGUAAUUACAAAAGCCCGUUAGGUAUUUUGACUGAAAUAAAAACAAGUUUAGCACAUGGACAUAGUGUAAUAUAACUUGUAGUUGACUGUAAGCCAUUUUUGAAAUAAAGACUUGAAAAUUG